GACACAUUGUGUUUACAUUUUUUUUAUCACCCUCUAAUCCUGCCUUCGAAACCGAAACAUCUUGCUAAAUUUCAUGAAUUUCGAUUCUAAAUCUGAAAACUACCUACUCGGUCAUGCUACUUCUAAGCCGAGUGAUCUAGGCUUGAGGAAUUUCUGUUGUUAUACGUGUCGUACAUUGCAUGCAACUAGAGAUUUGAUGGUAUCAGGGCUUGACAAUGUGUAUCAUUAAGAUGUCACAUUACAAGAACGAGGAGUCAAGGCAUUCUUAUGCAUAUUUUCUUUUUAUCUUCACUGCAGUGCGACGUGAUUCAUGGCGUUUAGACAUUCGAAGCGAAGAUAUUGAUCUCGAAGAUGAGGAAAAAGCUGGGAAAGGCUCUUUCUGAUUUAUUAAACACCCAAGUGGCUUCUCUCAAUUUGAUGAAAGCCUAAACCUCCAUCGUUUCAAUUGUCAAAGAAGUGCAUAAAACCAACAAGUUUCAGUAUGCCUGAAGUUCACUCAUACGAGUCUAGCAAUAGCAGAACUUCUUUGCCAUACCAUUCACUUUUGAAUCCGAAGAUAGAGAAUGUCGAAGAACCAUACCUACGAGAUGGCGAUGCGGCUGCUUUACGACGAAAGUUUGUAUAUGGAGUAAUUGUGGGGCUUCUGAGCGGAUUAUCUAUAAUUCUGGUUAUCUAUGCCACAUUUUCAUACAUUUCUAAUUGGAGUGUACCACAUACAUUUCCUCCAGAUUUUCCAUCACUCCCAGUCAUGUUUGAAGAAGACGAAAGAUAUGCAGCUGCUUCCAGUCCAGAAACAGAUUCAGCAUGGGAUAAUUUAAUGCCAGCUGGACGAGGUUUCAUUCUUGUCGAAAACUCUGAAAAAUAUGGGCUUCGACCAGGAUUACCAUCAGCAAAUGGACCAGAUCGAUAUUCGGUUUCUGUAUUCCACCAACUCCAUUGUCUGGGCAUGAUCCGCGAAUCAUACAACUCGGUGCUUAUGGGAGUUCGUCCGCACAUCCACGGUGACGAAAAUCUCUCAGACUCAGCGGCCCAAGAAUCGGAAAAAGAACAUACAUCCCACUGUUUCGAUUAUUUACGACAAGCAAUGAUGUGUUCUGCAGACAUGACUAUCGAAUGGGCAAUGGAGAUGCCGGAUGGAAACCCUCCGUUUACAGUUGAUGGGUGGGGUAUCACUCAUAAGUGUAGAGAUUGGGAACAAGUUUUGAAGUGGAUGGGAGAGCAUAGGAGUCCGGUAAAUAGUUCGGGGAUUGCGUAAGCGGUUUGGGAGGCGACGAUGGGUCAUAUAUUGGGGAGCGAUUGAAAUGGCAACACAUUAAUGGGAGCUUAACCUUAUUAGGUAGUUCAAUUUGAUAACUCAUAAUCUUCGUUUUUAUGUAUAUACAUUUAUUCUAUAGGGGUUUUAUAAGGCUUAUUUAAAGCUUUA